UCGCAAACAUUUCAUUGAACGGAGACUGUUUUUGUAGGUCUUUCGCUUUUCCAACGCUUUUGUCAACGGCAUCGGCGAAUUACGGUCUCGACCACAUAUAUAUACGUCAGCCAGGUAGAUACCUCCCUGCCUUCGUCUGUCAUGAAGGCCGACUGAGAAAGUUGAUUUUCUCCUUACACGUCUUUGCACCACCGCCGGCAUGCGUCAAGCAGUCAACCUCUGGCUGUUUCGCACGAUCUUGAGUUGCCUGAUCUUGUCUUCAAUCGCGGUCGUCCUGAGAAGUGUCGGAAGAUGGAAGAGGCGUUGCUUUCAGUCGGAUGACUGGAUGAUGGUGUUGACGGAGCUGCUAUUCGUUCCAUGCGCGACGUUUGCUCUGUUGUCAGUCUCUGAAGGUCUCGGCGUCAGAGACUACAGAUUGGACCCGAAUCAAAUCAUAACAGCGACGAUGCACUUCAGCUUAUUCGAUCUCCUCUACAUUUCUACACUUGGAGUCCUGAAGUGCAGCCUUUGCUUGACGCUUCUAAGAUUCGCUACGGCGAAAAGCAUGCGACAAGCUAUCUACAUCAUGAUCAUCUUCACCACGGUCAUGACCGCAGCAUGUCUUGUGGGUUUGAUGACGGUUUGUCGACCGUAUCGCACCAAUUGGCGACAUUUCUACGACUUUCCCGAAUACCCGAAAGAAGGAUCCUGCUUCAGUGGUGCAGUUCUCCAAAGUUUGGUCUACGGUUUGACUACCAUCAUUUUUAUCUCCGAUGUGAUCUGCGUCAUCAUUCCGGCCAUGAUCCUCUGGAACAUCCGAAUGCAACGAAAGAAGAAGAUCAUGGUAUGGAUGCUGCUCAGCUUGGGCUUGCUUGCAUCAGUUGCUACACUCUGUCGACUGCCUUUCACACCCUACUGGAACGCGAAGCAUGAUCGAGUCUGGGGACUGGGUGUGGCGACUCUUUGCUGCUGCGUUGAGAUUGCUCUUGGCAUCUUCGCAGGCUGCGCACCUGCAAUCAAGCAGCUUACCAUCGCACUAUUUGUCGGCAUCAAAUCGCAAACAUACCUUGGUAAACCUGAGUUUGGAUACACAUCCAAGCCUAUCUCAUCAGCAAGGCCAACGAGAGACCGCGAUCCUGAUUCGUUAGCAAUCUUCACCUUCAACACUAUCGACCUGAAAACCAUCCACUCUCCCAGAGGCGAUGUUGUCGAAAUUACCUCUUCUCACGGAAUGGCUUGAUAUAAACAGAUAAUCUAUAUUGGAACCCACGGGGGAAAGUGUCGCUGCCGAGGCAGUUGAGGAGGCGGCAUGGCGACACGGUCUAGGUCAUCGACUGGGAACUCAAGCUUGAUAGAAGCGGUGUGAGCUGCUGGAAUGACGACUGCGGCUUCGUCAAUAAGGUCG